AAAGUUGUGAAAUGAAUCCGGCGCUGGGGCGACAGACCUGCAGAUGUGGGUUCGUGUACAGAAGCUGUGAAGCUAACCGAGAAAAUGCUGCAGUUACAUUUCACUAACGACGCACUGCCUGACAGUGUCAGCAAUGACUUCCAAACCCUGAAUAAGUUCAGCGAGCAGCAAUUUGUGAGCUUGACUGAGUUACUAUACCAGUUCCUGCUGGAGCCUAAAGAGUCGGAGCGGUUCCUGGCACAGCUGAGUGAGUUUGCAGGAGAGCAUAGCAUGGGUGCAGGUCCACUAAGAGGCCUAAUGAAGAGCAUUCUCCUGCUUCCACAUGGUGCUCUGAAGAAGAACUUGACUGCUGAACAAGUGAAGGAGGACAUGCUCUCACUGGGUUUGAAUGAAGACAAGGCCAUUCACUUCUCUGACCAGUGGAGGGUCCACUACCCAAUUUUGUCCAGAUUGGCAGUUGGACAGACACUUAUGGUCAACCAGCUGGUGGAUAUGGAGUGGAAAUUUGGCGUUACUGUGGGAACAAGUGAGCUGCAGAAGGCUGGAAACAUCUUCUUACAGCUUAAGCUGGUGGUCAGAAAGGGGAACACUACAGAAAACGUGUACAUGGAGCUGACUCUGCCCCAGUUCUAUAACUUCCUUCAUGAGAUGGAGAGAGCCAAAGCUAGUAUGGACUGCUUCAGCUGAGAGGCAAUAGCACUUGGAGGACUACUCUUAUACGCUCUGAUCAGGAGCGGUGCUGAAUCACAGUAACCUCUGAGAGCGUGUGAAUGAAUGGAUGAACGAAUGACUUUGUGCAUAUGUGUGUGUUUAUGAAUGAUUGGGUGUAUGGCUGUUAUGGUUCCACACACAAAAAAAUCCAUUCCUUUGUGAUGAGCCUGUCUUUUGUAAGAUUAAAUUGAUUUACUGUAUAAUGCACUUUUAAAAUAAAACACGCUAAUAUUAACCUUUCUCUAAAA